GUGCCUUUGUUUUUUCUACUUUUGAAUAAUAAAAUAUUGUUUUUGCGAUUUAAAAAAGUUUCACUAUGGGCCACGAACAAACAAAGACGCAAUUGUCACACCCAACUCCGAAAAUAUUCAAAUUGAACAUCGAUUGUUUUGACGAAAUAUUUGAAUAUUUGGACGUGAAAGAUUUGCAUUCAUUCGGUCAAACAUGCAAGCGAAUGAACAAAGUGGCCGGCGAAUAUUUCAAACAAAAUUAUUAUUCAUCAUGUAGAAUACAAUGUGAACGAGAUGGAAUUUACAUGUUUUAUCGGGACAAAAGUGGCGUACAAAAAUUUAUUGAAAUAUCUGGUUUUAAUAAAUUCGUGACAAAAAUGAGCAUAACAAAUGAUAAUUUUGAAUAUAACUAUCGACUCAAAUAUUUAAAGUCACACAUCAAUGAAUUUGAAUCAAUUAAGUACAUAAACCUUAGGCGGUUAGGUAUUGAUAACAAACUAUUUGAGCAUUUGAGACAACUGUUGCCCCAACUGGAAGUUGUGCAGCGCGACAAUUGUUAUAUGAAUGGUGACAUAUACGAUUUGAUUUUUAAAUAUUGUAAGAAUUUAAGAGAGAUUCAUUUUCAAAAUUCAUCCGUCGGUAUCCGCACAAAUGGUGAACUUAAUUGGCUAUUACAAGAAUAUCCAAAGCUUCAACAUUUCGAAUUGACACCUCGUGAUUCCUAUCAGAUCGAAGAGCUACGUGAUUUUUUCGUACGCAAUCCAAAUGUACAGAGAUUUUCAACUUCCGUAGAUUUUUUGUGGGAUAAUCGUGACAUAUUAUUAAAUUCCAAAGCAAAAUUGGAUAUAUUAGAACUCGAAGGAAUUUCACCUUAUACAUUGUCUCGGUUAUAUAAGAGACAAACGUCUGAAAAUAUUGUGGAACUUUUAAAUCGACUCCAUGAACAAGGCUUUUAUAAGCGACUACACAUUUACAGCAGUCAUAUUGAUGAAAGAAUUUGUACUUCAUUAGCCUCAUUCAAAGGUCUUGAGUUCUUGUACAUUCGCGAAUUAGACGAGAUCUAUUAUUUGGCUCAAUUGACCAAUCUGAGAGAAUUAAUGAUUUGGGGUGGCUUGAGGGAUCCUAAGGAUAUGGAGAUCUUAGCAAAUACUCUGAUUAAACUCGAACGUCUUUACAUUGAUAAUUGCAAAUGUAUCGAUGAAUUUAUGCCAUUCAUUCGUCGAUCACCGCAAUUGAACAGAAUCAAAAUCAUACCUCCAUACGGCUUAAUUGGCGAAGCUUUGAAUUUGGCGAUGUUGAACAAGGAGCGUGCCAAGUUGGUCGGAGCACGAAAAAUAAUAAUUUAUACGCGUGACGAUGUCUUCUUGGCUACUAAAUGGACGACCAGAAACGGUGACACCAAUUUGAGAUUCAUCGAAAUGAAACGAUUGGAUUCGAUUGUGUGGAAUCAUCAUUUUUGAAUACACGUUUUUGAAAAGACAUUUUUUAUUUAAAUCAUCAAUGAUACAUAAUAUUCCAUUUAAAUUCUUUUCAGAUUCAUAUUUGAGAAAAAGCUACACUAUAGACAUUUAUCUUUGUUUUACAAUUUAUAUAAUUCAAGAUAGUAAAAAAUUACAGAAAAAUUAAUUCAAUUACUCUUUCAAAAUGUAAUUGAAAGUACACUAUUCACUAAGAAUUCGAUACAAAUAGUGAUUU